GCGCUGAUUAUUAUUAGAUUCCAUUUUUGGCCAAUCGCAGCCGAAGGGGGCGUGGGCUUGGCGCGGAGGCAGGGUAGCGACAGCCCGCCAUUGGUCGAUUUUUAUCGCCGUUGUAUCUCGGGAAGGGAUAAAUGCAAGCAAGGGGGGCCGGGUCUGGAGGGCUGCUUGAAACGCACGGUCUGCAGAUGGAAGGCGGACAGUGUGACUCGCUCUAGGUUUUUCUAUUUUUUUUUUCUCCCCAUCUCCCUUCUUCCCCAGCAUGCAUGGCUUUGGUUUCUAGCAGAGGGGACAGAGUUGAUGCAGAGGCAAGCACUUACUUUACACACUGUGCGAGGGAGACAUUUAGUAAGUGCCCGGGCGCGCACUGUGCCACUCAGUCUGCGCUCUGCUGCUCCACAGACUGUGUUCAGCCAGCACACGGCUGAACUGAUUUUAUAACCCAGGAGGAAAAGAGACUGAUAACAGGGUGACACACAGAGGAGAGAGGGCUACACUUUCCGAGCUGUUCCUACACCUACAGACCCUGGAAAUUAAACUUUUUUUUUUUUUUUUAAAAAGGCAACUUUGGACUGAACUGCCACCGAGUUUACUGCACACCUCAGGAGUGAGUUGAUUCUUUCUUGCGCUUUCCCUCCCUCCCUCCCUCCCCCCACCCCCCCCAAACUCCACAGCUCCAACUGUGAAGAGGGGGCAAAAUAGCUGAGUUUGCUUUAAAGUGCAUCGCAGGACCAAGUGGAGAGGGAGAGAAGGAACAAGUACGCCGCUCUCCCUCCCUCUAGCCGGGCAGCAUGGUGCAGAAGAUGAGCCACACAGAGAGCACCGCCGAGGCGCUCUCCUUCUUCGCCGGGGACUCGAGCUCCGACUCCGGGGCGUGCAUGGAUCUGGACCCGGUCGCCUCGCCUCUCUCCCCGGGCUCCACGGCGUCUUCCACCGCUGGGGACAAGCUGGGGGAAAACCCGGCGUGGUGCAAAACUCCGAGCGGCCACAUCAAGAGACCCAUGAACGCGUUCAUGGUGUGGUCGCAGAUCGAGAGGAGAAAGAUCAUGGAGCAGUCGCCGGACAUGCACAACGCUGAGAUCUCCAAGAGGCUGGGGAAGCGGUGGAAGCUGCUCAGAGACUGCGACAAGAUCCCGUUCAUCCGGGAGGCGGAGCGGCUCCGGCUGAAGCACAUGGCGGACUACCCCGACUACAAGUACCGGCCGAGGAAGAAGGUCAAGUCGAGCGCCUCCAAGCCUGGCAGCAGCGGAGACAAGGCGGAGAAACUCAGCAGCAGCUCACACAACACCAGCACUAAGUCAUCCUCAUCUUCCAGGAAGAGCGGAUCCAAAUCACCCAGCAGCAGCAAACCCCACAAAUCACUUUUCGGGAGCAGCAGCAGUAGCACCAAAGCGUCACCGUUUGCCUCUGAGCACCCGUCAGAGCACCACCACAACUCCCUCUACAAGUCCAAGUCGGUCUCCUCCGCGGCCAAGCAGAUACCGGACGCCAAGAAGCCCAAGCGGGUGUACGUGUUCGGCAGCGGCGCGGCCAACCUGAGCGUGAGCCCCACGUCCUCCGUCGCGGUCCCGGCCAGCCCCACACUCAGCAGCUCGGCGGACUGCAGCGACCCGCUCAGCCUGUACGAGGACGCGGCCAGCGGCCGGGAGGACGGAGCGGACUCCCCCGGCAGCAGCAGCAGCCCGGGCGGCACCUCGGAGCGCCACGGCGGGCACACAUACAGCAGCCGGCGGGCUUCCUCGCCGACCCCCUCCGGAUCCCACUCCUCAGCCUCGUCCCACUCCUCCUCCUCAUCCUCCUCCUCGGAGGAUGAGGAGUUCGAGGACGACCUGCGCGACAUCAACCCGAGCCCCAGCUUCGACAGCAUGUCGCUGGGGAGCUUCGGCUCCUCGGUGCUGGACAGGGACUUGGAUUUGAACUUUGAGUCCGGCUCCGGGGGCUCCCACUUCGAGUUCCCCGACUACUGCACGCCCGAAGUCAGCGAGAUGAUCUCCGGGGACUGGCUGGAGUCCACCAUCUCCAACCUGGUGUUCACGUACUGAGCGAGUGAGCCAAGAAACACAAAACCCGACACAGGUAGGCUUAUGUCCUGCGAGCAAAAAAAAAUCCCACCACACUCAAACAGGGGAGCAGUGGGUGCACUAAUAGUUCCAGUGUUACUAGACAAGUCCCACUGAGAGCAGCACCCUGUCCACUCCUCGUCCCUGGAAAGCUCAACUUUUAGAAAAGCGAACAACGUGCUUUUAGUCUGUAGGGGACUUUUUCUCUGGAUGCGUUGGGGCUGUUUGGGACUUUAAACAGUGGAGGAAGUGCGGGAGCACGAGGAGACAGUUUCCUGGUUGUGAGCCGCUUCGUCCUGGGCUGUUUCUGAACUUAAACUGUGAUUGAUUUGCACGUCAAAACGCGCUCCGCCGUUCACUUAAUCAAUGUUGUUGCUCAAUUUGAAAGGAGAGAAGAAAAAAAAAAAGGGACAUUUCAAAAAAAACAUUCUUGCACCCACCACAAAUCGCCAAGUGAACUUCACCACUAAAAAGGUACAGAAACAGGACUGAGGUUUUUUUUAUUAUUAUUGUGGUGUCAAGGAAUUUGUUUUUCUUCCUAUGAAACCAGGUGGGUUGUUUUUCUUCUGGAAAAGUUGGAUAUUUUCUCAAAAAGCAAAAAACAUGUAAAGCAUGACCGCCUACUUUGUUCCUAUCUUGUGCUGAGAUUUUCUGUAAGACUGUCGAGCAGUUUGAAAAAAAAAAAACUAGUAUUAGGAUUAUUUAAGUGGAUAGGUGGCGCUCGCUUCGGUUCUUCUCUUUUUAAGGACACACACAAAAAAAUGGACAUUGAAAUAAUCACCAGCUGUUGUAACGUUUCAAACUUCAGGACUCAAACGCAACUUCAAAUCUGUGCUGAACUUUAUAUACCACGAUUCAGGACCAAAAUUCUGUCAUGUUUUUGAUUUCAGAUGCUAGUUCUAGAGAAAUCCUCACCCAUUUUUAUUUUGUCUUUCAUCCUCUGAGCUUUGUUUUGUACAUGUAUCCAGAUGCCAUUUUAUAUGGGAUGUUGUAUUUAUAUACUGGGCCAAGCGUUUUUGACUUGAUCAUUUGUUUUUGUUUUUCUUGUAUACAUGAUCUGAUCUUGUGUUGUUGUUUUUGUUCCUUACACAGUCGUCUGUAUGUCUGUCACAUUUCCUUCUCAGGCGAAGGGCUAAAGUUUUAAAAACACACAACUUUUUUCAUUUCUUUUUUUAUAUUUAAAUGUACACACACUUUUUGGACACUUAAAAGAGAGGAAAACAGUUUGAUUAUUUUCUCAGUGUAUUUUUGUACAAAUCUAUAUAGACAAAUGGGGGAGUCAACAAUCGGUGUGUGUAGCCUACUAAUACAGCUGUAUUGGAUUUCCUCAUUUUUAAGACCCCGACAGGCUGGUUUUCAUGCUGCCUUCAAGUUCUCAUGGCACACAAUCUCACGCAUGACUUUUGUUGCCUGUUCAAAUGCUCUCUUUCUUUUUUUUAAGGACAGCCAGCAAAACACCUUAAAUCACUAUGUUGCCUAUUGUUUGAUUUAUAAAAAGGAAAGGCACCAUGCUACUUUUUAACUUAAGUGACCGAGCAGAGGAGAUGAUGCAAAUCAGGUAUGCAAUUGGUGUUUUAACUCACUAAUUCGGCAAAAGUUUUCACUAUUUUUUACCAGCAAGUGCUGACAAGACCUCUGUGGUGUCCAGUCCCUGAGCAACACACUGUCAGCACGGGGCAUGAGACCCACUUCUAAGAAUGCAGUUGCAACAUUUCCGACAGCACUUGAAGGCAGCACCAGUCUUUGUAUCAGCCUACCUUCUACGUUUACAGUGCUAGUCUGCAGGCUCCUUAAAGACACAGGAACGCAUUAUUUCUCGAGGCUAUUCCUGUGGACCCUGUGGGUUUAAACAGCUUCACUAUCUCGAGCAGCCACUUGUUUUGCUUUUUUCUCCUUCCUUCAUUUCCUGUCAGAUAUCUUGCCUACGACAACAAACGAGGAGAUUGUAGCUUUAAAUUUGACUUGUUUCUUGAUGUUUUCAUUUACUGAUGUCAAAUUUGCCAAUCAACCACUGGAUUGAACCGGCUAUCAAUAUAUAGCAAGAAAACAAGGAUGACAACAUCAAGCAUAUUCAAAUUUCUGACUUGAGUUCCGCAACACCUACUUGUACUGCGUUUCUCAUUGUAUUUGAAUAUAUAAUCUUUUCUACUUGUCGGCUAACAUUAGCUAAUAAUUGUUUUAGUAUCUUUAUGGCAUGGUGAAUAGCAUUUGUAUUUCAGAUUCAGGUUAUUAGCUGUUGUGUUUUUUCAGAAAAAAAUGGAAAAAAAAUGAGGAAAAAACGAUGAAACGUGAAACUCGAUCUUUGUAUAUUUGACUGUAUCAUAAAGCAAAAAGAUUGUGUGUUUAUGUAUGUUGUUGCUAUUGAGGACAGGCACUGUCUCGAACUGCUAUCUUUUACACAUCCUUACUUACAUUUAAGGUGGUCAGUUCAGGACUCUUUUUUUAUAUAUAUAUAAAAGCAUUUUUAAAUAUAUUAACUUUAUUUUUCAUCCAUCCUGUGCAAUAUGCUGUGUAGAAUUAUCAUUUAUUGUCUCUAAUCAUGCCAUAAACAAAGGACCCUCCCUUUCUUUUCAGAGAAAGUGGGGGGCGACUCAUGCCAGCUAAAUUGUGUCCAUUCACUGCCUGUCAGAUUGUUGAUAUAAACUUGUGUACAGAACUUUUUCAAGGAAGGAUAAUAAAUAUCAGCUGGAACUGAAA